CCCCAGAAAGCUCUAAAAACAGAACGCGGGCUAAUGUAAACUUCGAAAACAGUCUAUUUAUAACCAAAGUUUCCUAGUAAAUAAAAGUCAAAGAAGUAAAUUUCGACAUAUAUGUGGAAUUAACGCUCUGUCGAUGCUGUCUCAUCACAGAAGAGUGAAGUUGUCCGUCUGAGCUGAUUGGCAUGGGCCGACUUUACCUAACUUUGAUAGCUGACCGCUGCUAGCUACAACAAAACCAAGAGCCAAAAUGAAGAGGAGAGCUGAAGCAACAGCCCUGCAGGGGACAAAGAGGCGUCGUGAUGAUAGCAGCUCAGAUGACGAGUCAGAACUAUCCAGACAAGACUCGAGCCAAAAUGACUCCCUCAGUGACCAGGAGCAACAGAGACCUGGGUUCUCCAUGUCCUCCAUGUCAUCCUUUGAUGCUGCAGAUGCAGAUACCCCCACACAGGCCGCCUCAAAAUUCUCUAUGUACAACAGUGUGUCACAAAAACUCAUGGCCAAGAUGGGUUUCCGUGAGGGCGAGGGUCUGGGGAAGUUUGGACAGGGACGCAAGGAGAUUGUGGAGGCCUCUACACAGCGAGGUAGAAGGGGUCUCGGCCUCACACUGCAGGGCUUCCAAGGGGAGCUCAAUGUCGACUGGCGUGAUGAACCAGAGCCCAGUGCUGUAGAGAAGGUAGACUGGUUCCCAGAAUGCACCACAGAGACCCCAGAUGCAGAUGAGCUGAGGGACUGGAUGACUCUGGGAGAUAGAAAACUCAAGAUUGAAGAUGAGACAGAGUUUUGCACUGAAGCUCUUCUGCACACCCUUCUAAGGUGCAAGUCAGUGUUUGAUGACCUGGAGGGCGAGGAGAUGAGGCGAGCUCGGACACGCUCCAACCCUUAUGAGACAAUCAGAGGAGGUAUCUUCCUCAACAGAGCAGCUAUGAAAAUGGCGAACAUCGACCACUGCUUCGACUAUAUGUUCACCAACCCAAAGGAUUCACAAGGGAAACCUCUGACAAAGGACCGUGAGGGUGAGCUUCUGUACUUUGGUGAUGUCUGUGCUGGGCCUGGAGGCUUUUCAGAGUACAUACUGUGGAAGAGACGUUGGCAUGCGAAGGGCUUUGGCAUGACACUGAAAGGACCCUGUGACUUCAAGCUGGAAGAUUUCUAUGCAGCGCCGAGUGAGCUGUUUGAGCCAUAUUAUGGUGAGGGAGGGGUGGAUGGAGAUGGCGACAUCACUCGACCAGAAAACAUGACUGCCUUUCGAAACUUUGUCCUGGAGAGUACAGAGAGAAGAGGGCUGCACUUCCUCAUGGCAGAUGGGGGUUUCUCUGUGGAAGGCCAGGAAAACAUCCAGGAGAUCCUGAGCAAACAGCUGCUGCUCUGUCAGUUCCUCACUGCCAUCUCUACACUCAGGACAGGCGGCCAUUUCGUCUGUAAGACUUUUGACCUCUUCACUCCCUUCAGUGUGGGUUUGGUCUACCUGGUCUACCUCUGCUUUGACAGGAUCUCUCUCUUCAAACCUGUCACAAGCAGGCCUGCCAACUCUGAGAGGUACAUAGUGUGCCGUGGUCUGAAGCCUGGUUCAGAUGCUGUCAGGGAAUACAUGUUCAGAGUCAACCUGAAACUGAACCAGCUGAGGAACACAGAUAGAGAUGUUACAGAAGUGGUUCCGCUGAGCAUCAUCAAGGAAGACACCGAUUUCUAUCAGUUUAUGGUCAACUCCAAUGAGAGACUCUGUGUAGUCCAGAUCAAGGCCUUGGCCAAAAUCCACGCCUUCGUCGUAGAACCGACUCUUUCAGAGCCGAAACAAGCCGACAUUAGGAAGGAGUGCCUGAAGCUCUGGGGGGUCCCAGACAAGGCCAGGGUGACUCCUGCUUCCUCAGACCCAAGGUCAAAAUUCUACGAGCUGGUCAAGAAUUCAGAUGUGGAGUCGUUACAGUGCAAGCUCACGCCUCUCAACUCCACCACACUCGAGAAGUUGCGUCAUAUCCUGGACCACAGGUGCAUUGUGGGAGGUGGAGAGCAGAUCUUUCUUCUAGCAUUGGGGAAGUCUCAGAAAUACACGUGGGAUGGGAAGAUGCCUGUGCGCUGGAGGAAACUGGAAAAUUUCAAGCUAGAGCUGCCAAGAGAUACACUUCUAAGUGUGGAGAUCGUCCAAGAGCUGAAGGGCGAGGGAAAAGCUCAGCGUAGAAUCAACGCAGUUCAUGUAAUGGAUGCACUAAUAAUCAACGGCACUGAUGUAAGAGAUCAGCAUUUCAACCAACGGAUCCAGAUGGCUGAGAAGUUUGUGAAGGCGGUAGCCAAACCAAGUAGACCAGACAUGAACCCUAUCAGAGUGAAGGAGGUGUAUAGGCUGGAGGAAAUGGAGAAAAUCUUUGUCAGACUAGAGAUGAAGGUAACAAAGAGUUCAGGAGGAGUCCCUCGUCUGUCUUACACCGGCAGAGAUGACCGACACUUCCUUCCCACAGGCCUCUACAUCAUUAAGACUGUCAAUGAGCCAUGGACGAUGGCAUACAGUAAGAACUCCAAGAUGAAGUUCUUCUAUAAUAAGAUCACCAAGGAAUCCACCUAUGAAAUGCCAACAAACUCUGCUGCUCCCUUUCAUGUCUGCCACUCUGAGCGUCUCUUCUGGGCCUGGGUGGACGGGGUCAUAGUUCACGAUUCUCAGACCCGGGUGGAUCCUGAGAAACUGUCCAAAGACGAUGUUUUGUCCUUCAUCCACCAGAACUACCAGCCCUGAAACUCUCUCCGAGCCCAGAGCUUCACCAGCUACAACCUGAAUACAGAAUGCACUAAAUCAUGGAGGACAUAGAGCCACAGAAAUGUUAUAAUGCAAUUUAUUACUUAAUAUUUUAUUUUGAUAAUUAAAGGAGGGUUAUCAAAAACACUUAACAGCUGAUUGAAAUUAUGUGUUUAUGAAUCCCUGUUUUUAUUGUCCUCUUAAUAUCAAUUGAUAAACUGUUAGACCAUUUCCGAAGGUCCUCUAGUUCCUCCUUAUUAUGUUGCUUAGAGAAAUUGUUAUCAGGUUGUAACUGAGUUCUGGAGCUGAAAGUCUUGUUUGUCUUGUUUGCUGCUAUUUGUAGCAGUGUCAUCUGGAUUCCUCGUAAGCAACGGACACUUUGACAAACCACUCUGUCUUUCUGCCUUUUCCACUGCCCUUGGCUCUAUUAAUUCUAAUGAAUAAGAUUCACCUCAUAGGACAAUAUGAAGACAAAAAGCUGCUGCCAUUGUCUCUACAUUGAAUUGCAUGUCCCCGUAGAUCUAGUUUUUAUGGUUCCUUGUCCAUGCCAUGCUUAUGUGUGUUUGCAUACACCACGUUAAGAAUGAUAGGUAGGGUAACUGCAUCCACAUCUGUAUACACAUACUUCCUUGCCUUGCUCUGCAUCUGCUUUAAACAGAACUGCUCGUCUUUUCAUCUCUGUAGAGACGAGCAUCUGUUCGCCAAGUCUUACACACAGGCUCCUUGUUGUUGCUCCUGCAGAUCUGUAGCUGAUGCCUGAAUACAACAAACACAUUGAUAGUGCUCUAAAUUAUCCUCAGCAUCAUUUCGACUUUCAUAUCACUUAGAGAUGUAGCAUCUUUCUCCCAUUCAUACCUGAUCUGUCAUGGAGUGAGUGUUCAAAAUCUGGAAGGUGUCUUAGUUUUUAGGUUGUUUCUCCCUUGACACCUCUUUGUGAUUGUGCCUAAUAUCGCCUGGACUGUGUGUUUCUUAAAUGCUGCAAAUGAGUUAUUUUUCUCUUGUAAAGUUCGCUAUCAAUCCUUUGAUGUAAAUAAUAAUAUAGUAAAUAAAUGGGAGGUGCUCAACCCAGAACAUACUCUCAAAUGCCUGGUGAAAUUUGAUUUAGGCUAUUGUCUGAGUAAUGACCAUGACAGCUACAGUGGACACAGCAAAGUAUAAACGGCAGCUUUAGAUCUAGAAACCAACCACUGUAUUGGAGUACUACCUGUCCCGGGUUUUGUGCUGGCCAGUUUGCACUGAUUUGAUAAAAUACUACCUUAUUUAUGAAAAUGCACCAUGUGAGCUCAAGUAAAAUACUGAAGAUAUGUUCACAAGUUUACAUAAUAAUGUAGGAUUUAGUUUGUGUUGUACUUCAGAUGUGCAAAUUCCCAAACGAAUCUUUAAAAUAAUCAAAUUACCAAACAGCAACUGACAGACACUGAACCUGGCUUUUGGGGCCCCUGGAGAUCUCUGGGCCAUUUUCCCACUUUGCCCAGUUGGUAAUCCAGCCAUGAUGAUUAUGUCAUUGAUUUAUACGAUCUCAUUUAAACAUUGAUGGAUUCGGCAAGCUGUUCAUAUAGCCAUGGUGUCUUGACCUUAUGCUAAGCUAACCGGCUGCUGAAUAUGUUAGCUCUGCCAGGGAGCGUUUCAACCUUCCCAAAAUGCAGAACUGUUCGUUUGUUCAUUACUGUCUGUUCAUUUUUUAAAUGUGUAAUAACUUGUUGUUGUUACUGAGACUGGUUAAAUCUUUUACAGAUAUUUGCAAUCAUCUUUACAAUAUUUUGUCUUAAAAAUACUCCCUCCAAA